AUGGUGUAUUUAGUUGAUGGUUCAGGUAGCAGAAUUGGUACUCUAUGGGACAGAAUGGUGUACAACUUCAUAAACAAGACCGCUUCUGUGCUACGUGAAGAGUAUCCCAAAGGUUACCCUGACAUUCUAGAUGAGAUUGUGGGGAAAAAGUGUCUGUUCCGGCUAGAUGUCUCACACUAUAACAUUAGAAACAACACCAGUGAGAUAUCAGUUGCAAGGGUUACAACAGAUACAGACGUUAUAAGGAAGUACCUUGUUGCUGUUUCAGAUGAUCAGGAAAUAGAUCCUGAGCUAAGUGUCGAGUUCUGCCACAAUUUAACCCCAUUAUCUGAGAGCACUGCUAAGUCUGCAGUUUCGUGCACUGAUGAUACUGAUAUGGGAGCUCCUGGAGAUGAAACGGGUGACAGUCCUCCACCGAAGAAGAAUGCAUCUGCACAAUGUGGCGAAGAAAGUGUCAAGUCCCACCCCAACAAGCGUGUCAGGAAACUUUAA